UCAAAAUCAAAUGUGUUCUCCUUCUUAGGUGAAGGCACCCUCCUACUGCAGCCCGGAAAACACGAAUUCCCAUUUAGCUUUCAACUUCCAUCUGAGCUCUUGGUCACGUCCUUCAGCGGGAAGUACGGAGGCAUUCAGUACUGCGUGAGGGCGGUCUUGGAGAGGCCCAGGCUCCCCGAGCAGAGUGUCAGGCGGGAACUCCAGGUGAUCAGUCACAUCGAUGUCAACACGCCGGCAUUACUCAGCCCCGUAUUGAAAACUCAAGAGAAAAUGGUUGGCUGCUGGUUUUUCACGUCGGGCCCCGUCUCGCUGAGUGCCAAAAUCGAAAGGAAGGGAUAUUGUAACGGAGAAGCUGUUCCAAUCUAUGCAGAAAUAGAGAACUGUUCCUCCCGCCUGGUCGUCCCCAAAGCUGCUAUUUUCCAAACCCAGACGUACAUGGCCAGCGGGAAAACGAAGACCGUCCGGAACAUGGUCGCCAACGUGCGAGGAAACCACAUCGCUUCUGGGAGCACUGACACGUGGAACGGGAAGAUGCUGAAAAUCCCGCCCCUCCCGCCGUCCAUCCUGGACUGCUGCAUCAUCAGAGUGGAAUACUCGCUGGCGGUGUAUAUUCACAUCCCUGGUGCUAAAAAACUGAUGCUGGAGCUGCCCCUGGUGAUCGGGACGGUCCCGUACCACGGCUUUGCCAGCAGGAACUGCAGCAUGGCCAGCCAGUUCAGCGUGGACAUGAGCUGGUGGGCGCUGGCGCUUGCGGAACAGCCCGAAAGUAAAGGGCCUGCGGUUCUUCGCGGGAUGGAAGCUUUGCACGCGAAGUACCCUCAGCACAGGGACGGGGAAAAAGAGUGA